GAAACAAGGAUGAAAAUUGGCAAUGGAGUGCGAAUGGGGUGGGAAAGGUGCCGUGAAAAACUGAAGCUGCAGGAAACUUGCUACUUUGAGUGGCAGAAUUUGAUAGCAGAAGCUUCUAGAAAGGGAUUUGUUGGUGAGGAAGAGAAGCAGUGGGACUCCUAUAAGAUCUUGGAUGAACAGCUCGGGCAGGAAUGGUUGGAGAGUGUUGAGCAAAGUAGAAAAAUGGCAAGACCGAAAGGUAGCAAGAGAGCACCCAAUUCUCUUGAGCAAAGGAGGAAAAUUUCAGAGGCCAUUUCUGCCAAAUGGGCUGAUCCUGCAAGGGCAUAUGUUGCAUUUUCUGCUGAGAAUGCAUACCGUGACAGGGUUUGCACUGCCCUUUAUAAAUGUCAUGGCACACCAGUUGGAGCAGAAAGGAAGCGAAAGAGAAGGCCAAGUAGCGAGAGACAACCCAGAACACAGAAUUCCACAAAGAAGAAAGCUAAUGACACUGAUAAU